AUGACAACCAAUGAAGAAUUAAAUGAUUCCCUGUCAACAUCAAUACUAAAUGGUGAUGGGAUGGGAACACCAUCACAAAAGAAAAAGAUGAGAAGAUCAUGGUUUGAAACCCCUCCACCUACCAAAUUAGAAAUUGCUCUUGAAAAAAAGAAAAGACGUUCAUCUGGUGCUGCCAGACGUAAAAGUGAUGAAGAAGUUGAAACCUUGAUAUUGACCCACUUUACCAGUGCUCCUAGAAUAGGAUUUGGUAAUAUAAAAGUGGGUAAAGCUAAGUCUAGAAUAUUGAUUGUGCGUAAUCCACAUGAAUAUGAACAAGAAGUGAUAGUUGAAAGAUUUCCCUAUAAGAAGAAUUUCUCCAUUGAUUCAACCAAAUUUACUGUGGACCCUGAUGAUUAUAAGACACUAUCGAUAACCUGGGCACCUGAUGAAGCUAGCAGCUGUAGAGAAAUGGUAUUAUUUAAAGUAGAUGGUGUCUACAGACUUCAAGCCUAUGUAUUUGGUAAUGCAGAAGAAAUUAAACAGAAAAAAGUAACAAAACGUGGUAAGAAAGGAUUGUUGGGUAUUAAAGUAAAGAAGCCAUUUUCUAUAAUAAGUACCCCAGGCCUGGCUUGUAUUAGAGAUAAUUAUAGUCCACUGGAUGCCGAGAAACCAAGGCUGAGUAAUGUUAAACAACACCCAGUAGUUGGUGAGAAAUAUGAAUUACUUGAUAAACAUUCUGGUGAAAAUACCCCACCUCCAUUAGAAUCUACUGCUAUAUCAGUAUCAUCUAUUGGUUAUACUAAUAAUGGUGAUAGAGUACCAGAACUAGGCUGUUCACCAACAUUCAGUCCAAUAUUGAAAACAUCUGAGGUUGAUGGAUCUUGUGUAGUUGCUGAUUCAUGUUAUUCUGAUACUCAGUUCUCAGCUUUAAGAGAUGUAGAUGAUACCAGUGUAAUCAGUAAAAGAAUCGCAGAAUUAGAGGAUAAGAGCAGCAGACUCUCUGAUAAAGAUACAUUAAUAGAUACACCUAAAAAUAGAAAGGGUCAAAACUCCAGAAAUUCAUCAAGAAAUAAAAGUACAGAGAAUGAAAAUAAGGAAAAUUCCCCUCUGAAGUGUCCAAAAACAAAAUCAGCACCAGAAAUAAUUAAAAGCACAGAGAAAAAAUUCCUGUCACCAGAGACAUUUUUAAACGAUUCUCUGAAUCCAGAUAGUGUCAAGGUGCCUAUUAAGCAGCAUCCAGUGUUUGCCUGUAUCCAUGAAAAUCAGACGGUUAGUCCAAACUCCUUUCUAGAAGAUAUGAACAAUUCUCAUGGAGACAGUAGCUUGAAAGGUGAAGUCCCCAGUCCAUCUAAAGUUUUACAAGAUGCCAUUCCUCACAACUUGAUUGUUGAACAACUGAAGAAUGUCCAAACAAGUCUCCAUGAACAAUCUUUUGACAAGUUACUGUCACAUACCCAAAAGAAAUGUAUUCAGAAAAUUUCAUCCAGUAAAGCACCAGUGGUCAACUUGUCCAAUCCUACAGUUGGUAAAGGUGCAGAAGACAGAAGGACAACAUUUCUAAAACAGAAGCAAGUGAAGAAAACAGAGAAAAUAGUUAAAAAACAGGUUGAUUAUCAAAGUCCAAGGAGAACAACUUUCUUGGUAUCUUUAAAGAAGAACAGAGCCUCUGUCAAGAAGGAAGAAUUGACGAAAAGUUGUAAAAAAACAGAAAGUAUUAAUAAAGAGGAUAAACCAAAGAGAAGAAAAUUGUUAGGGUCGAAUAAAGUUGGUCAGACCCCUGUAUCUAAACAGGGUAAAUCUAGAGAAGAAAAAGAAGAAGUGAUCACUUUUGACUCUGUAGCUAUGACCAGAACUAAAGAAGUUGUAGAAGAAGUAACAAUACAAACUGAAACACAGCAAGUAUAUCAGAUAUUUACUGGUACUGUUACUAAAGAUAAACCUUCUCCAAACUUGCAGGAUACAAAGAGAACUCAUGGCAAGCGUCUUUUUGACUCAAAUUCCCCUAAAAAAGAUACCUCACCAUUAGCAAGAACUGUUACUAAAGACAAACCAUCUCAAGUUCAUGGGAAAGUGAUCGGUAAAAACCUAUUUGAGGAUAGAGAGAGUACAAUUACUCCUCAGAGAACAUCACCUUUUAUUGACGAAUUUGGUUCCCCAUCAGUUCUUCCUUCCAGUCCUAGUGAAAUAUCCACUAGAAGAACAACAUUAACAGUUACCAAACAACGGCCCUCUGAUGCCCUUCUUCAUGCAACUCAGAGAGUUCUUGAUAAUAAUGUAUUUGAAUGUACACCAACUGGUAGAGAGUCGAAUGGAGAGAACAAUGAUACAUGUAUGGUGAUAGAAAUGAAGAAAAGUCCUAGUCUGCUGAAAGUUGAGGAUCCUACCAAAUCAUUAUUCACCCAAGCACCAGUUUCUCCAGUUCUUCUUGGUUCUCCAAGUAAACUACCAACAUCUCCUAAUCCUGAUAUGUCCAGAAGAUCAACUCAUUUAGUUGCAUCUCCAAAAUUUGUUGAUCUCUCUUCAGUUAGUCCAAAACGACUCUUCCCACCUUUAGAUGAUGUGUUGGAGCCAGUCUCUGAGGAAAAAGAAAAACCAGAUAGCAUAAAUGAAAAGAUUGAAAAUCAAGAAAACAUUCCACCAGUUGUUGACCAGUUGUCAAUCCCAAAUGAAUCCACAAUGUCCUUAAAGAGUUUAGAGGAUCUAUCCAAAGAUAUUUCAGAUAUUUCAAUAGAGAGUGAAACAAGUGUUCGAUCAUUGAAAUCAUCAGAAAGACAGAAGUCUUCUCAAAAAGUUGUUUCUCCCAAAAAGCCUUCAAGGAGUGGAAGCAGUAGACAGUCAGUAAGAGAACGCAAGCCAUCAGGAAGCAGUAGUGGAGGUAAAAAAGAGUUCAAUAUAAACAACAGUACUGGUAAUAGGUCUAUAACACCUGAUGUUUUUAGUGUCACAUUAUCACCAACUAGUAGUAAAACUAAAACUAAACCUCCAGUUCCUACAUCAGUAAAAAAGACUAAACCCUUCAACUCAGGUACUGUGAGUAAACCACCUCCAUCACGACGUCAAUCUUUAGCUCCUUCAACUUCUAGAGAAAGAUUAGACACUGUUAGUAAAGCUACCACUGAUCGUCGACGUUCUGUCAACCCUGUUGUUUCUAAAAUGUCAGCUGAGAAGAAAUUUGAACCAGUAGCCAGUUUAACAAGAUCUACCAAUAAUAGAAACACGCCUAGAGAGAAUUUAAAAUCAUCAACCAAUUUAGAUAAAUCAACAACCAAACAACCAAAGACAUCUACAGCACCAGUUAUCAAAAAAUCCCUCUCUACUAGUGUACCUUCAAGUACUAAAAAGCCAAGAGGACCAGUGAAAGGAUUGUCUCAGACUAAGUUAAUGUUGAUUAAGAAACCCAAAACAGCAGUACCCAAACAUCCCAUGCCCUUUGCUGCUAGAAAUAUGUACUAUGAUGAAAGAUGGCUUGAAAAACAAGAACGUGGAUUUUCACAUUGGUUAAAUUUUAUAUUGACACCACCUGAAGAAUAUAAUAAUAAUGUGGAAAAGACAAAAGUUGAUGCUGGGUCUAUAUUUGUUGAUGGUAUGAAGGGAAGUGGUAAUACCAGGUUAGCACCAACUAAAGAAGUUUUAUCAAUUAGAGCGUAUACUGCUAGACGUAGAAUGAAUAGAUUGAGGCGAGCUUCAUGUCAGUUGUACCAAUCGGAAUCAGUCAUACAUGUUAUACGAAAAGUUGAAAUAGAGGUAGAAAGUAGAAGACUUGCUGUUAGAAAAGAUAGAAUGCUACAUGCUGAUCUAGGAAUUAAACAGAGUAUAUUAGAUAUGUUACUAUGUUAUAAUCCACUGUGGUUAAGAAUUGGUCUGGAGACAAUUUUUGGUGAAAUGAUAUUAUUACAAUCUAAUAAUGAUGUGAUUGGUUUAUCAAGAUUUAUAUUGUAUCGUUUACUCAGUAAUCCUGAUAUAGCAGCAGAAUAUGCACAUGCUUCAGUUCCUCAUUUAUACAGAGAUGGUUAUGCUGAAGCUUCCUCAUCUCAUACACUAAAGAAGUUUUUAUUACUGGUAUAUUUCUUAGAUAAAGCUAAACAAUCUCGUCUUAUAGAUCAUGAUCCUUGUUUAUUCUGUAAGAAUGCUGAUAUAAAGGCUAGUAAGAAUCUAUUGGUACAGUUUUCUAGAGAUUUCCUGUCCGGAGAAGGAGAUAUAACUAAACAUUUAGGCUAUCUAGGCUAUAUAGUUAGUCAUAUACAAACACCAUUAGAUGAGUUUGAUUAUGCAGUAUCAGCUUUAGGUGUAGAUUUACGCGACGGCUUGAGAUUAACGCGUGUAAUGGAAUAUUUAACUAAUAACUGGACAUUAAUGUCAUCAUUACGAUCACCAGCCAUCAGUAGAUUACAGAAAAUACAUAAUGUAGAAGUGGUGUUUAAAGUUCUAGCUGAAAGAGGAUUAGACGUUUCUCAACUAGAUAUGAAAUUAAAUGCCAGAGAUAUUGUAGAUGGUCAUAGAGAAAAAACAUUGAAUUUAUUGUGGCACAUUAUAUUCCAUUUUCAGGUGGAUGUUUUAAUUGAUAUUGAGCAACUGAAAGCUGAAAUAGUUAUUUUAGAAAAAACAUUACGUGUUAAAGUUAGCAUGCAGAAAUUACUCAAAUCAUCAGCUGAUAAUCAAGCUAGAAGAGAUUCAGGUGAAACUGAUGUAUUAAAGAAUGAAAGACUAACAUUAUUAUUAAAAUGGUGUAGAUUAGUUUGUUUACAUUAUGGUAUAAAGGUUGAGAAUUUUACUGUAUCAUUCUCUGAUGGUAGAGCGUUAUGUUAUUUAAUACAUCAUUAUUAUCCUGCCUUAUUACCAGCUAAUCUUAUUAACACCCAAACUACUGCUUCUUAUAUGGAAGCAAUGGAGAAAAAAGAAGAGGAAGAAUUUGAUGAGGAUGCUAGUUUUGAUUGGAGUCAAACACCUCAAUCUGAUUUGGAAAAUCCAGAAAUGUUUGAACAGUUGCUGAUUAGUGAAAGAGAAAAUUUCAAAUUAUUAUAUGAAAAGGUAUCUGGAUUAGGUGGUAUACCUCUCAUGUUAAAAGCAGCUGAUAUGUCUAAUACCAUACCAGAUGAGAAGAUUGUGAUGACUUAUGUUUCACAUUUAUGUGGUAGAUUAUUAGAUAUACGUGCUGAGUCAAGAGCUGCUAGAGUUAUACAGAUAGCGUGGAGAAAAUACUGGCUACGACAUGCUGUUCAACAUCAACAGAAAUUGAAUAAUGCAGCUAGAGUGAUCCAGAUUGCUUAUAGAGAAUAUAGAAAUAGAAGACUUGAGGAGAUACAGACAUGUACGGCUAUUAAGUUACAAGCAUUAUGGAGAGGGUAUAAAGCAAGGAAAAGAACAGCUAUAUUAAGAAAGUUGAAAUUGAAUUAUAAGAUGUCAAAGGCAGCACAUACCAUACAGAGAGCUCUUCAGAGUAAUGUUCAACGUAAAAGAUAUCUGCGUAUGAAGACAGCUGCUGUUAAAGUACAAUCUUUAUUUAGAGGUUAUAUGGUUCGUAAACAGAUACAGAGACAACAGAAAGCAGUCAAAACUAUUCAGUCAUUUUACCAUGGUUAUAAACAAACUCUUGAAUAUAGGCAGAGAUUUCUGUCCAUAAAAUCAUCGUGUAUCACUAUCCAAAGAAAGAUCAAAUGUUUUUUAAAAGAGAAGGAAGGAGUAACAGUCAGGUCAGCUGUUAUUAUUCAGAAAUAUGUCCGAGGUUUUCUUCAAAGACUUGUCUAUCACCGUCAACUUCAAUACAUCAUUAAAAUACAAGCCAACUAUCGUCGUCAUAGAAAACAAACUAAAUUCCUUGCAAUGAAAUAUGCAGCCAUCUUUAUUCAAAGAUAUUACCGAAAAUAUAAAUAUGAGUGUUUGAUGAAAGCUGAAAAACAAAAGGAAGAGGAGGCUUGUAUUUUAUUACAACAUUGGUAUUCUGAGCAGCAAAAACUAACUUUACAGAAACAGAAUGAUGCUGCUACAAAAAUACAAGCUAUUGUACGAGGUUUCUUGUGUAGAAAACAUAUACAUAUACAGAACCAAGCAGCAAUUAAAUUACAAUCUUUAUUAAAAAUGAAAAUAGCUAGCAACAAGUUUUUGCGACAGAAAGCUGCCGCCAUAGUUUUGUCCCAUCAUUUCAGAUCCUAUUUACAACAGAAACGCACACAGGAAGAAGUAAAAAUUCAGAGAAAUGCUGCAGUUAAGAUACAAAGCCAGUGGAGAUUCUUUUCACAACAAAGAAAUUUCAACAGCAUGAAAUGUGCUGUAGUAAAGAUUCAAAGUUUGAUCAGACGACACAUAGCAGUUAACACCUUUCAAACUAAACGACAAGCAGCAGUACUUAUCCAGCGAAGGUACCGUGCUGUGAAGAUGUCGAGAGUGAAAGAAUAUGAAACAUAUAACACUGCAGUCAUUUCAAUACAGACAGCUUUUAAAACCUAUAUGGCAGUAAAAACUUUCCGAAAACAAAAACUGUCAGCUGUAAAGAUUCAAAGCUAUGUUAAAAUGGUGAGAUGUAGAAAAGACUUUGUAAGAAUGAAGAAAGCUAUCGAGGUCAUUCAAGUCAGAAUCCGAGCCUUCCAACUCAUGAAACAAGUUCAAUCAGAAUUUCAAUUAAAGAAAACAUCUUGUGUCAAACUACAGUCUUAUUAUAGAGGUCAUAUCACACGGAAACAACUUCACAAGAUGAAUACUUCUGCUACUAAAAUUCAGGCUACAUACAGAACUUAUAUAGCAAAGCAAAGAUUUCAAAAAAUUUGCCAGGCAACCAGGACUCUGCAGACUUGCUAUAGAAACAGUAGAAUAACCAAACAAUGUCAAGGUCAUUUUCAGAAGCAGAAAUCUUCAGCCAUUCUGAUACAGAAAUGUUUUAGACUUUACAUGGAGAAGAGAAGCACACACCUGAGAAAAAGUUCAGCAACUAUGAUCCAGUCAGCAUUCCGUGGAUACAUGGCACGGAAAUCGUUUCAGAAAGUCCAUUCUACUGUCAUUUUCCUUCAAAGAUUAUAUAAGAGCAGUCAAAUAACAAAAACCACCAGAAAUCAUUAUCUUCAUCAGAAACAUUGUACUCUUGUUAUCCAGACGGUAUUUAGAGGAUAUGUUAUAAGAAGAUCAUAUUUAAAACAAAGAAAAGCAGCAAUCACAAUUCAAACUGUCUUUCGAAGAUGGACCAAUCAACAUGAAUAUCAGCGACUAAAAUCAGUUGUUUGCCAGAUUCAAAGAAUUUAUAGAAAUAACAGAAUUGCUAAAUGUCAGCGACUAUCAUUUGUAUGUAUGAAAAAAGCAGCCAUUAGACUCCAGUCUUGCUACCAUGGUUACCAACAAAGAAUGAUUUACCAAAGAACAUUGAUAACAAUCAUAAGAAUUCAAACAUGGUGGAGAUGUAUCAGUUCUUACAGAAAGUACUGUCAUGACAAAAAGGCCAUAGUAAAUCUCCAAAGACUAAUUAGAAGAAACAUAGAAAUGAAACAAGAAAUGUCCAAUUUAGCUUGUAAGAAAGCAGCCAUUUUAAAGAUUCAAUCUGUAUACAGAGGAUAUGUAGCUCGUAAAUCUUAUUCACACAAAAUGAAUGCAGCAGUGAAAAUACAAUCAGCAUGGAGAGGGUAUAUGGCCUAUCAACAAUUCUGGAGAAUAAAGAGAAGUGAGUUUCUUCAAACACGGAAGGCUGCAGUAUGUUUACAAUCUGUGUAUAAAGCAAAGAUAAUCAGACAAUGUUAUGUACAGCAAAGAUCUUCUGCUAUAACUAUACAGUCCUGGUGGAGAACCAUACUAGCUAUUCAACUGUUCAAGACACAACGAAAAGCUGCUUCAACAAUUCAGAUGUAUUAUAGAAAUUAUAGGGAGAAAAAACUUGCAGUGGAAAUACAGUCUAAGAAAGAGAAAUCUGCUUCGUUAAUACAACAAUUUUGGAGACAAUACCAUGACAACAAGAUGAAGAAACAAAACAUGGCUGCUGUCAAGAUUCAAGCUAGUGUUAGAACUUAUUUGUUACAGAAACAGUACAGAAAAAAACAAGCAUCUGCCAUUUGUAUCCAAAGUGUAUACAGAGCAUACAAAACUAGAAAACUUUAUCAAAAUAUCUAUUACUCUGUUGUGAUUAUUCAGAAUAGAUGGAGAGCUGCAUUAAAAGCUAAGAAAGCACGCAAAAGAUAUUUAAUGACUUAUGGUGCUAUAAUUACUAUUCAGGCUAUGGUUAGAGGUUUUUUAACACGUAAGAAAAUCAAAGAUGAAAACCUGAAAUGUAUUCUGAUACAGUCAAAUGUAAGAGGAUACCUUGCCAGACUUCAUUUCCUGAAAUUGAAAGCGGCAGCCAUUGUUUUGCAAAACAUUUAUAGGUCAAAUAGAUUGACUAUGCAAACUAGAGCUGAAUAUCUUCAAAAGAAACUAGCUGUCCUCCAAAUUCAGAAAUGGUAUCGUUCGUGUCGAUUAAUACAAACAAUACAACAGUUAUCUGCUGCCAUUAAAAUUCAAUCUUGGUAUCGAUGUGUGAGACAGAGACAGACAUAUUGUGAAAACAGACGAAAAAUUAUUUGUGUGCAAUCAUGUGUUAGAAGAUAUUUAUCUCAGAAACAUUCCCAUCAAAUUCUUAGUGCUAUUGUUACAAUCCAAAGAAAUGUCAGAACAUAUUUAUUGGUAAAAAGACUCAGAUGUGCUAUUCAGAAGAGACACAAGUCUGCUCUCCUCAUUCAAAAUACAUUCAGAAAAUGUGUUCGGUUAAAGACUGAAAGAAAGCAUGAAGCUGCAAUUAAAAUUCAAAGUGUUGUGCGAUCAUAUCAUCAAAGAAAAGUUUAUAAAGAGACUAUAAAUUGUGUUACUGUUAUACAAGCAAGAAUAAGAACAUAUUUAAUUAGGAAACAAUACCAUAAUUUAUUAGUUCAACACAGAGCAGCUUGUACCAUACAGUCAGCAUAUAGAAAUCAUAUCAUACAUCUUAAAGAGAAGGCUGAAGUAGAGAAAAGAAGAGAUUUUGUGGUGAAGUUUAGUGUUAAUGUUAAAUAUCAUCUAUCAGCUAUAGUUAUACAGAGAUUAUAUCUUAAACAUAUAAUAUUAAAACGAGCACAACAAUAUCUACCUUCUAUUAUCUAUAUACAGCGAAAGUUCAGAGCAAGAAAAGAGAGAAGACAAUUUUUAACAUUACGUAGCUUAGUUUGUAACUUGCAGAAUAACAUACGUUAUUGGUUACAUCAACGUCAUAAUUCUGCUAUUGUUUUACAAAAAGCUGUUAAACUAUGGUUGGUAAAACAUAGACUUGAAAAACAACAUCGUCUUAUUUGUAAAAUACAGGCUGUUUGGAAAGGUUAUGUUCUGCGGAAAAAAACUCAUACAAAAAAAUUAGCUGAAAUAAGACGAAGAAUUAACAAAGCCAAUGAAUCUGCUUGUGAAGAAAACAAAUUAGGAAAUCGAACAACUUCUGCUUUGGAUUAUUUAUUGAGAUAUAAACAAAUGUCUUAUGUAUUAGAAGCUGUGAUGCAUUUAGAGGUAGCAACAAGAUUAUCACCACGAUGCUGUGAGAGAAUGGUAGAAGUGAAUGCUAUCAGUGUUAUAUUUACAUUAAUGAAAAGUUGUAAUCGAAGUCUGCCUCAUAUGGAAGUCAUCAAAUAUUCUAUUAGUAUAUUACUUAAUCUGGCUAAGUAUGAGAAGACAAUAGAUUAUGUUUAUGAUGUAGAAGAUUCUAUUUCUAAUCUAUUAGAAUUAAUGACCAUCUUUAGAGAAAAAGGCAAUAUAUUUACUAAAACAGCAACAUUAAUUGGAAUAUUGGCUUUAGAUCAUCAUAGAAAACAGGGUAUAGUAUCAAACAGAAAUUAUACAGAUAAAAUUAAAAGCAUGUAUGCUUUAACAGCUAGAAAACAUAAAUUAGAAGAGGGAAGAAAUUUAGUGAAAGCAAAAAUAGCUGCUUCUAGAACCUUCAACAGCACAUUACCACUUUCUACACCAGCCAAAAAACGCCGAAUUCGUCCUGAUUGGAUAUUGAAUAGAGAUAGCAUACAUGAAAUAGAAAACCCAAUGAGAGCUAUUAAAUUUGUCAUGGAUAAUCUAGGACUCGCACCAAAAUAA